AAUGGGGGCACGGCUUCGUGACAGCGUCCCCUUGUGGCUGAUCCCUCGCGUUGACUGCCAACCCAGGGCUCGCGUUCACAUCACAUCACAGGGGCCAAUUUGUGCCAAACUGCGCAUCUACACGACAGGGCACCGACCGCAGGAAGAGGCUCCGCUGACAAAGCCUCGGCGUCUCCCCGAGGCUUCGAGGGUGCCCGUGACGAUCUCCUCCCGGCAUCUCGUCUGUCCCGUCGUCGUCGUCAUCGCCGCCGCCGUCUCUCAUCCCUCGCCCUUGCCGUCUUCCGCCAGGACUGGCGGCCCUUCUUCCUCCUUCUCCUCCCUCGGCGUUGUCCCCUGCGGCGGCAGGGACGGCGAGGAACGUCGAGGGGACGUCGCGAUGCCGAGCCGCAGAGGAGGGCCCGGCGCUGACUCGGCCGGGGCGAGAUCGACUGCCGGCUACUCUCGUCCUGACGAGGAAAUGUCGGCGGCGACGUCCAUGGCGGACCAGCAGGAUUUCCGCGUGGUAGUCAUCAAUCGGCCACAGGAGCAGCGCUUCUGCAAUAACCGCGUCAGUACGGCCAAGUACAACGCUCUGACCUUCCUGCCACGCUUCUUGUACGAGCAGUUCAGCCGAGCUGCCAACCUCUUCUUCCUCUUCAUUGCCCUCCUGCAGCAAAUCCCAGAAGUGUCUCCGACAGGGCGCUACACAACUCUGAUGCCUCUCAUCUUCAUCCUUGUCGUGGCCGCUCUCAAGGAGAUCAUUGAGGACUACAAAAGACACCGGGCUGACAGGGAAGUCAAUAAGAAGAAGACGACACAAGUGUUGCAGAAUGGAGACUGGCAUACCGUGAGCUGGGAGAAGGUGGCAGUGGGUGAUGUAGUAAAGAUAAACAGCAAGGAGCAUUUCCCAGCAGACAUUGUGAUUCUGGCAUCCAGUGAACCGCAGGCCAUGUGCUACAUCGAGACUGCAAACCUGGACGGUGAGACGAACCUGAAAAUUCCGGCAGGUAACAACAAAGGCCUGCCACUGACAGCCGGACUGCAGACCAGCGAUUCCUUGUUGUCAAUUGACGGGCGCAUUGAAUGCGAGGCCCCGAAUCGCCACCUCUACGACUUCACGGGGAACAUCCAACUACAGGGACAUGGCACGGUGCCACUGGGCCCAGACCAGAUCUUACUGAGAGGAGCCCAGCUGCGCAAUACCCAGUGGGUGUUUGGCGUUGUGGUGUACACAGGCCACGACACUAAGCUCAUGCAGAACUCUACUCGCGCGCCACUCAAACGCUCCAACGUGGACCGCGUGACGAACCUGCAGAUCCUGCUGCUGGUGGUGACACUUCUGCUCAUGGCCCUGGCCAGUGCCAUUGGCUCCUCCAUCUGGACCUCGGCACACUGGAAAGGGGACUGGUACCUGGGGUUCCGAGAUAAUGCACCGUCAAACUUUGGCUUCAACUUGACCUUCAUUAUCCUCUACAAUAACCUGAUUCCCAUAAGUCUCCUGGUGACCCUGGAGGUUGUCAAGUUCAUACAGGCCUUCUUCAUCAACUGGGAUGCGGAGAUGUACCACGAGGAAAGCAACACAAAUGCCAUGGCUCGGACAUCCAACCUGAACGAGGAGCUGGGACAGGUAAAAUACAUCUUCUCGGACAAAACCGGCACACUAACCUGCAAUGUCAUGGAGUUCAAGAAAGCCACAGUGGCCGGCAUCGCUUAUGGGCAUAACGAAGAACCAUCAGAAGCGGGAUUUCAGGACCCAGCUUUGCUGCAAAAUCUCCACAGCAAUCAUCCGUCGGCUGGGGUCAUCUACGAAUUCCUCGUCAUGAUGUCCGUGUGCCACACGGCUGUGCCGGAAGCGGAGGAUGGCUCAAUCGUUUAUCAAGCCUCCUCGCCCGACGAGGGGGCGCUGGUGCGAGCCGCCCGCAGUCUGGGCUUCACCUUCACCGUGCGGACCCCAAACAUGGUCGUCAUCGACGCUCUGGGGCAGGAACAGAACUUUGAGCUGCUGCAUGUGCUCGAGUUUACAAGCAUGCGGCGCCGCAUGUCUGUGAUCGUGAGGACCCCGUCCGGAAAGCUUCGUCUUUACUGCAAAGGAGCCGAUAACGCUAUAUACGAGCGCCUAGCGAAUAACUCCUUGUACAAGGAGGACACCCUCCAGCAUCUGGAGCUGUUCGCCUCCGAGGGCCUGCGCACCUUGUGCUUCGCGUCGGCGGACCUGUCGGAGGACGAGUACGGCGACUGGCUGGAGGAGUACCGACGCGCUAGCACCGCGCUGCAGGACCGCGCCGUCAAGCUGGACGAGGCCUACGAGCUCAUCGAGAAGAACCUGCACCUAUUGGGAGCCACGGCCAUUGAGGACAAGUUACAACCCGGGGUCCCGGAGACGAUUGCAACUCUCCGACGGGCUGACAUCAAGAUCUGGGUGCUCACGGGAGACAAACAGGAAACUGCGAUCAAUAUUGGCUACGCCUGCAAGCUGCUGUCACAGAACAUGUCAGUGCUCAUCGUCAACGAGGAAACGCUGGACGCCACGAGGCGCACGCUGGCUCAGCACUGCACCUCACUGGGCGAGAACCUGGGCCAGGAGCACGAGCUGGCCCUCAUCGUGGACGGAAAGACGCUGAAGUACGCCCUCGCCUACGACCUCCGCCACUCGUUCCUCGACCUCGCCCUCUCUUGCAAGUCCGUCAUCUGCUGCCGGGUGUCUCCACUGCAGAAGUCUGAGAUCGUGGAGAUGAUCAAGCGGCAGGUGAAGACCAUCACGCUGGCCGUGGGCGACGGCGCCAACGACGUGGGCAUGAUUCAGACGGCGCACGUGGGAGUGGGCAUCAGCGGCGUCGAGGGGCUGCAGGCGGCAAACUCCUCCGACUACUCCAUCGGGCAGUUCCGCUUCCUGAAGAAGCUGCUGCUGGUGCACGGUGCUUGGAGCUAUAACCGCGUGGCCAAGUGCAUCCUGUACUCCUUCUACAAGAACGUCGUGCUCUACAUCAUUGAGCUCUGGUUUGCCUUCAACAGCGGAUUCUCUGGACAGAUCCUCUUUGAACGGUGGUGCAUCGGCCUCUACAACGUGGCAUUCCUGGCCCUGCCGCCCUUUGCCCUGGGGAUAUUCGACCAGAUGUGCAGUGCCAACAGCAUGCUGCGCUUCCCUGAGCUCUACAAGAUGUCUCAGAAUGCAGUGGUCUUCAACACCAAGGUGUUCUGGAGUCACUGUUUCAAUGGACUUCUGGACUCCAUCUUUUUAUUCUGGUUCCCACUGAAAAUGCUCCAGUACGGCACACUGUUUCGAAAUGGACAGGUGGUCGAUAAUCUCUUUCUGGGCAACAUGGUUUAUACGUACGUAGUCAUCACGGUAUGUUUGAAGGCUGGGCUCGUGACAUCUGCGUGGACUAAGUUCACACACCUGGCGAUCUGGGGCAGCAUCGCCAUGUGGAUCGUCUUCUUCCUCAUCUACUCCGCGCUGUGGCCGCUGAUCCCCCUCGCGCCGGACAUGUCGGGCCAGGCGAGUGCCCUCUUCAGGUCGGGCGUGUUCUGGAUGGGCCUCUUCCUGGUGCCGAUCGUGUGCCUCAUGCGGGACGUGGCAUGGAUGGCGAUCAAACGAACCUGCUUCAAGAGCUUAAUGGAUGAGGUCCAGGAGCAAGAGGCUGCCUGCCAGGAUCCCGAGAAGGUUCUCAUGGAACACCAGCGUGGAAAGAGCUUGACGGAGCGAGCGCGCCUCCUGAAGAACGUGUUCCGGAGGACCAACACGGCAGGGUUGCGUCGCUCCGAGUCCAUGGACCAGAGUCUCCUCCGCGGAUUUGCCUUCUCGCAAGAAGAAAACGGUGUCGUUUCACAAAAGGAAGUGGUGCGAGCCUACGACACGACCAAGCAGAAACCUGGUGGUGCCUAAACUCGCGGAGGGGGGCUGCGUCGCCGUGUGUUUGACUGCCUUCGUGCCCCCCGCCCCCCUUACGACUGCCUGCCAAGCACUUCGUUACACCGUGAAGCAGAACCGCUGAGCUGAGCUGAGCUUCCCUCUUGCCAUUGUGCAUCUCACACUAUUUAUUGUUUGACACCUUUCCCAUCACUUGUUUUGCUUGGGUGUUAUUUUGUUUGUACGCGCACACACACACACAGAAAGACAACGAUAUCCCUAUAAAGCCUUUAACAGACUGUUAGGGCAAGUGCUGUUAGCGAGCACCUAUGAAGGCCAGCACACCACAGAAGGGGGUGGAUGGCAAGCACCACGCCUGGCCGCCUUUGUCUCCCUAGUGGCGAUGUUUACACACCGCACCAGGUACUCAUUUGAGGCUGAGUCGACCUAGGGCAGGCCCAGGGGAGGCCCAGGUGUUGGUCCUGGGUGGACCAACACCUGGGUCUGCUAAUAAAUACCACACGACCCCGCUCCCCAUAUACAUGCACACAGGCGCACACACACACGCGGUGUAUAGUGACCCCAUUGUGAAAGACACCCUCCCUACUCGCGUGGCUACCUAAUUGCUAAUUGAAGGCGAUUGACAUUUAACGUGUGAAAGCACUUUGUUUUUCAUCAACUUGUUGCGUUGAAUGUCGUUUAAGUUUCGUUUAAAAAGAUGCAGUACUUUAUUUUCUCACGCUUUGUCUGCCGUCACGGCAACAAAAAAACUUGAAACCCAACCACAUUUUUAUGCACGUGCUCGAAACUGUGGUUGAGUUUUAUUGGUGACUAGAUGUGUUUUAUUUACCUCAGCGGAUUUAACUACUGAAGGAAAGGCAAUGUCUGGAGCAGAAAUGAAAUGGGUCACUUGCCAGGAUGUCAAAAUGUUGAAUAUUUUUUAAAGGCUUACCACUGGUGGCUGGUUUCUGGUUUUGAAUACCCCACCACUUUGCUUUGCUUGUUUGUUGUUAAAUAUUUUGACCACUUUAUUUUGCUCAUGCGUUGAACGUAUUCUGUUUUCUUGGAUGGAUUCUCUUCGCGAAUUCCUCAUGCGGCCUAUAAAGAUUUUACUUUCCCUAGAUAUAACAAUGCAUUGAGAUUACACGCAUACCCCUGUGUGGCUUUUAUUGACCCCAGAAUUCCGCGGGAUGACCGUGGUCCGUCAUGACCACGUGCAUCACAACACGUAUAUAUACACACUCACGUUUAUACGCGCUACAUUAACGUUACAGGUACAUAUUUUGGGUGGCUGGCUUGAGCUUUAUGACGAGUAAAGGCAUGCGUGGAUCACAGCCAAACUGGUGACAGCAGCUGAACGAAAACAUUAAUCACCACCGUCAUCAUCAAUCAUCAUAUCACCGUCAUCAAUCAAUAAUCACCACCUUGCUUGCGCGCUCUACCCCCCCCCCCCCGCCACCUGUAAAUCUGUAAAACGUGGCCUCCGCACGUUCCCUCCACCGCGAUGGCAGCCACCACCCCCCUCAACCCCCUUGGCCACCGGCACCCGCCGUCUCCUUUCCCACUCUCGUCACUAAAACGAGAAAACCCACAAACCGCAACCCCCCGCCGGUGAUGGAGUGGGACAGCUGGUGUGAAAUCACCCCUGACCUUCACCCUGUAACCCCAUGGGCGACCUUGUUGCUGAGGAGACGACCCAGCGGGCUUUGUCUCCGUGCCGCUGCGCUAAUUAGCCGUGAACAGCGGAGAGAAGGGGUUUGGGGGGCGGGAGGUUGGGAUGAUGGGGGGUAUAAGGGGCGAUGGGUGUGAGGGGUGUUGCGUCUGCGUCUCCCUCUCUCCAUGUCUAUUUCGCUUUCUGUUUCUAUACCCCGCCCCGCCGCCCCCUCUUCCAUUUGCUGGGUUUGAGUUGCGGGAAGAUGGGGACGUUGAGCGGGCGGUGCGAGGGGGGGGGGUCCUUCAAGCCACUCGUCCACCAAAACAGAACGGCAGUCGCCUCCUGCGCCCGCCCGCCCGCCCGCCCCGUCGCUCCCACCUCCCUUGCUGGUUCAUCCCUCGUGCUGUGCGACUGAGCAUUGCCGGCCAGGGGGACAAAGAGGCCCCUGUGGAGCCGGGAUUCACACGGGGAUCGGCGGUGGGGGGAUGCGAGGGGGGGUUAGGCAGAGAAAGGGGGUGGUACGUGGGGGUUUGUGGGCAGCGUGUUCCCUGCUAUUGUCGCAAUGCCCUUUUCUGCAUCGUCUUUUAAAAGGGGCUUCCUUUCUUUACAUCUCUGUCUGGCUCCCGAAUUCUCAUUUUUUUUGGGUGCCCACUCUCACAACCCUGGCCGUCUCCUAUCCCCUGCAUCUCUCUCGGGUUUUUUUUUGUUACCACUGUCUAUUAUGUCUGGCUGUCCUUUUAUUUACAUAUGCUUUUUCCAGCUAUUUGAUUUUUUUUAUUCAGUGGAAGGCAAAACUGAAACCGUAUUAAUCAGACAUUUAUUUACGAGCUGCUUGACCUGGCACGUUCCUACGAAGCUCGCUGCAACUUUGACCAUUUUAUCGCAAUGUCAUCACCAUAAAUCCAUAUAUUUUCCCUUCAGCUAUUUCGUCCCCAGAUUCACAAUCAUAAUUAGGCAUCCAAGUACUGUGCGCGGCAUUGUGGGAAAGAAAAAAAAAAGGAACCCCGUUUUGUGGGCACCGCGAUGUGGCUGGGUGGGUGCGGUUCUCGGGCAUUGUGGCUCCAUCUUUGUUGUCAUCAAGAUGGGGGAAGAGGUGAAGGGCCCUCUGAUUCCACCCAUUAACAGCCAUGCUCCUGCCAUUGGAAUGAAGGGAGGCCUCAAAGGCUGCCCUGUUAGCAUUCAGGACACUGGGGCCACACCAAUUAUAUUCCUUUUUGUGCACGAGAAAACUCUGCUUUUUUCUGGGGGGGGGGGGGGUUGGGGGUGUGGAAGUAAAUGAAAAGGAACAAAACUUUCCUUCCACUGUGCCUCUAAAACUAAAAACCACUACACCCCCCCCCCCUCUGCUACCCACCCACCCCUGCAUACCACCAACCCCAUGAAUUUGGUCUUUAUACAAAACUAACGUGUGUGUGUUUUGGUGGUACACGACGAUUGUAUUUAUGAACGAGCCCCUGCAGUGAUAUUUUCAUAACAUAACAAGAGUGUGCUUUUUUUUGUCGGCAAGCACUUUUGCUGUUGUUGUUGAGAUUUUCCUAAAUUGCUUUUGAAAUCAAAGCAAAACCCUGCUGGUCAACACAGAGAGAAGCUCUCUACCGUUUUGUGAAAGUUUAAAUGAAAGAAAGUGCCUCUUGACCAAAACCAGAAACUCUACAGAGCGCGAGUGUUUCUUAAACAGCCUCAUUUUAGAAGCAUCUGCACUCUGUCCAUGCUCUCCGUUCAUUCACCGUAACCACACGACCAAACAAGUCAAAACAGAAAUGUGAUGUAGUUUAAGUACAGAUAAUUGUCCCGAGGAGAGUAGGUGGUGCUUGCGUGCGUGCUCUUGUGAGUUUGUGUUCACAUUUGUGUUGUGUAUGCUUUUUGUUUGUCAAGUUCACUGUAGAUUUCUCGUACUAAAGUUUGAUUCGUUUCAGUCUUCGUGAUGUGCAAGUAAAAUGCCUGUGGCUCAUAGAGUCAAACAAAAGUAUCCUGGCAGGCCAAAUGGAAAACGUAGACGCUGCAAUGUAACGUCAAAAUGUGCAUGUGAACAAGGUUAUUGCAGACAAAUGGAUUUUCACUACGUUUUUUUUCUCUAUAAAUAUUUGCAUAUGUUUAAGUUACUUAAUGAAAAAAACUUUACAAUUCUCACUGCAUUCUGUGGGCUUGUGACUAAAAUGUUGUUUGCAGUAUUGUGAAUGUUCUUCUGAGUCCUUUGGGAAUAUAAAGAAACGCAAAAUAUCACUUUUGCAUUUCCAAAGGUCUAGUUUGUCUUAAAUGACCAAGUUGUGUGUUUCUCUUCCUUUACGUGGACAAAACGAAGUAAACGUUCGAACAAAUCCGUUAACUACUGAGUUAUAAAGUGCACUGCACAAAGCGGAGGUGCGACCGUGAAUGCGCCGUGCUGCGCCGCACCAACGGAAGUCGAUCCACUGGCUUAUAACCACCAGGUUUUUCAGAUCCGCAGGAAGACCAUGGGGGUCCUCUGUUCGCGUUACAAGUUGGCACGCAUGGCUCUGUCCGUCGCCCGCGCCUUGAGCCGCUCGUUCGCGCCGCUGUGUGUCGGUGGCACGUCCACCGAAGGUGCCGCAUGAUUCUCGGAAUGGCUCUCUCGUGCCCAAUCUCGCGGCGGCGUCUCGUCCUCGUCGUCUCAUCGUCGUCCGUGUGUGCGCGUCUCUCGGGCAUGGGUGGGUGCGAGUAAAUGGCCGGUGCUUGCUCCACAUCACAAGGAACCCCCCCCCCCUCACCUUCCACACAACUCCUAUUUAUUGAAGCGCGUCACGGCGGUUGCAUGGCCAGCGCUCAUCUCUUGAGCCCGUUUGCAAGGGGUUUCCUGUAUAUUUGUGUUUUUUGUUUUGCUGUUUAUUGUUGUCGUCUUAUUAAAGAACAACUUUCAAAAU